AUGAGUCAAAUUGCUCCAAAGUGGUACCAAUCCCAAGACGCCCCAGUCGCUAAGCAAACUAGAAAGACUUCUCGUCCACAAAAGUUGAGAGCUUCUUUAGUCCCAGGUACCGUCUUAAUCCUUUUGGCCGGUAGAUUCAGAGGUAAGAGAGUUGUCUACUUAAAGAACUUGGAAGACAACACCUUAUUGGUCUCUGGUCCAUUCAAGGUUAACGGUGUCCCAUUAAGAAGAGUUAACGCUAGAUACGUUAUCGCCACCUCCACCAAGGUUAACGUUGCUGGUGUUGACGUUUCUAAAUUCAACGUUGAAUACUUUGCUAGAGAAAAGGCUCCAAAGGGUAAGAAGACCGAAGCUGAAUUCUUCGACGAAUCUGCUCCAAAGAAGGAAAUCAAGGCUGAAAGAGUUGCUGACCAAAAGUCUGUUGACGCUUCCUUGUUAUCUGAAAUCAAGAAGACCCCAUUAUUAAAGCAAUACUUAUCUGCUUCAUUCUCUUUAAAGAGCGGUGACAAACCACAUUUAUUAAAGUUUUAA